AUGUCCUACACUUCCAAGCACGGACCUAUACAUCCCUCCGUUCUGCCUUUGUGCGACCCCGCCUAUGUUGAGUACUACAACAGCGCGAUCUUGGGCGGUAUAGCACUAGACUAUACAGCUCCAUUCGACCCCUCCAUCCGCACCGUACCCCUCUUAUCAGGAGGGGCGAAGCCGCUCGAGUGCGUGGCAGAGGAAGUCCAGAUCGGGGAGUGUAACGUUCGCGUGCUCACUCCUCCAGCUGAAGGGGGAGGGAAGCAAGUCAAGCAAGGCGGAUGGCCCGUCGUCAUCUACUUCCAUGGUGGGGGAUGGGUGCUAGGCAGCAUAGACAGCGAGAUCAGUAUCGCGACCCAACUCUGUCGUCGUGUCCCGUGCGUCGUCGUAUCCGUCAACUAUCGGCUGGCGCCCGAACACCCCUACCCAGCAGCAGUAGACGACGCCUGGUCCGUCCUUCUCUGGGUCCGUGCCCACGCCCAGGAAUACAACAUCAACCCCUCCCUGCUGGCAGUCGGUGGUGCGUCCUGCGGCGGCCAGCUAGCAGCUGUCAUCUCCCACAUGGCGGUCCUCUCCUCCCCUCCUAUUCCAAUCGCUCUCCAGCUCCUGACCGUCCCGUGCACCGAUUUAGACCCAGCGGCUCCAUACCCCUCUCGCGAGCUAUUCGCCUUAGGCCCAGCGCUGCCAGCUGCGCGCAUGAACUGGUUUUACAACCUCUUCAACGCUCCGCCCAAGGAGUGGAAGGCGAGUCCGAUCCUUGCGCCUGCGGAACACUGGGACCGCCUCCCCCCUGCGUUUGUGGUUGUCGGAGGCCUGGAUUUCCUGAGAGAUGAGGGUGUGGAGUAUGCUCGGCUGAUGAAUGAGCGCGGCGCAAAGGCGGAGCUGAAGGUGUUCGAAGGCGUGCCGCAUCAUUUCCCCUCUCUGGACGGGGUGCUUGAACAGGGGAAGGAGUAUGUGGACGACGCGGUCGACAGGGUUGCAAAGGCGUUCAAGGAGGCUGAGGCGAAACUGUGAAUGUUAGAUGCCGUUCCUCCUCUCGUGAAUGGGGAUGUACAGAUCUGUAUGUAUAGAACUGAAAGGAAG